AUGCUCUCCAUGACGUACAGCGAGAGCCUGCGCAGCGUGGCCAGCCGGCACCCCCCUGAGUGGGGGCUGCCCGCAGCCCCCCGCCCAGCCGACGGGCUGGAGCUGCGGCGGCUGCGGGACGUGCGGGCGGCGGCGCGGGCCAAGACGCUGGAGGAGUUCCUGCGGAUGCACGGGCUCUCCCUGGCCGACAGCACCGCCCACACCACCGGCAUGAGCUACAGGAACCUUGGGAAGUCUGGGCUGCGUGUGUCCUGCCUUGGUCUGGGGACAUGGGUGACUUUCGGAGGACAAAUCACAGACGAGAUGGCAGAGCAGCUGAUGACUUUAGCUUACGACAACGGCAUUAAUCUCUUCGACACAGCAGAAGUCUAUGCUGCUGGCAAGGCUGAGGUGGUGCUGGGGAACAUCAUCAAGAAGAAGGGGUGGAGACGGUCCAGCCUGGUCAUCACCACCAAAAUCUUCUGGGGAGGAAAGGCUGAGACGGAGAGGGGUCUGUCCCGAAAGCACAUCAUCGAAGGUCUGAAGGCAUCGCUGGAGCGGCUGCAGCUGGAGUAUGUGGAUGUGGUAUUUGCCAACCGGCCCGACCCCAACACGCCAAUGGAAGGGGACCCAUUUAGUUCCUCCAAGUCCCGGACUUUCAUCAUGGAAGAGACGGUGCGAGCCAUGACCCACGUCAUCAACCAGGGAAUGGCCAUGUACUGGGGAACCUCACGCUGGAGCUCCAUGGAGAUUAUGGAAGCGUACUCCGUGGCCCGGCAGUUCAACCUGAUCCCGCCGAUCUGCGAGCAAGCCGAGUACCACAUGUUCCAGCGGGAGAAGGUGGAGGUGCAGCUCCCCGAGCUCUUCCACAAGAUAGGUGUCGGAGCCAUGACCUGGUCCCCACUGGCCUGCGGCAUCGUCUCGGGGAAGUACGAUGGGGGGAUCCCACCCUACUCCCGCGCCUCGCUGAAGGGAUACCAGUGGCUGAAGGACAAGAUCCUGAGCGAGGAGGGCCGGCGGCAGCCGGGCAAGCUGAAAGAGGUGCAAGCCAUUGCCGACUGCACCCUGCCCCAGCUUGCCAUCGCCUGGUGCCUGCGUAAUGAGGGUGUCAGCUCAGUCCUGCUGGGCGCCUCCAAUGCUGACCAGCUUAUGGAGAAUAUUGGAGCAAUACAGGUCCUUCCGAAACUGUCGUCUUCCAUCGUCCACGAGAUCGAUAGCAUCCUGGGCAACAAACCCUACAGCAAGAAGGACUACAGAUCCUAAGUGCGCGCCGGAGCGCACCGCGCAGUCCUCGCCGCCCGUUCGCUUGCUUACGCUUUGUUGGAGCAAAGUGGAGAGUGUGGUUUGCACUGCGA